UAGGCAUAUGAAAAAUAUGUUUUGUAGCAAAAACAUUCACUCACAUUCGCCUUAUUUCAGGGAUCAGAACUUGGCAAUAAGCUGCAGGUCUCGCGUUUCAUAAUCUGCGACACAAAGUAGGAGGUACUUUUAACUUCACAAAAAAAGAGGAAGAAAAAGAAACGAUGCCCGGCUUGGAGCGGAUUAAUCGUUGCGGUCGUGCGAUCGAGAAAGUGCAAAGGGGUUUCCUGAAAUAUUAUCUGAAAAAAUGCCCGACCCUCUUUCACAUCUGCUACGACCCAAUCGGCACUCAUCGAAAAGCGAGGGCCCUUAUCGGAUUUCUCUUCGGACUCGUCGCAGCUGUCGUGCUUUACGACGGCAUAAUCGUCGAUCUACGAUUUGACACGUAUACCAGUAUCUCUCUGGGAGCUAUCCUUGUCGCGAUGUUAUCGAUAGGAUGCGCGUCAUCGAUACAGAUAAGAUGCAUCUGUCUUUUGACUGUUCCGACAUUUCUCGGUCGAUCUGGACGUACCGUUUUGAGGGCACUCAUCUUGGGAUACGUGAUAGCGGGCCCGAUAUUCAAUCUAACAUUUAACGGCAAAGAAGUGGUGAGAACGUUUGCCUGCACGACGCAGCUAACGCACAAUCUCACCAGGACGCGUUUCGAUCUCAUGUUUAAGCCAUUCCAGCAGGCGAUGCUUGCCAUGAAAACGGAUGCGAAUGAAUUGAAGGACACCUUAUCCUCGGUAAGAGAUUUGAUGAGUCCGAUAGUCGAAGAAAUCGAGGGCGAAGAGGAGAUGACGAGAUUGAAAGAAGAGAACGACUAUUUGGACGAGCUUCAGGAUGAUACAAAGAGGAGCGACGAGAUCGAGGAGAAACAUGAGAAAGAGAUUGCAAAAGCGAAGUCCGAAGCGGAUGUUUACGAGGCGAAGUAUAAGAGGAAGGUCGAGGCACGCUGCGAAGAACAGCUUAGCCGCGGUGCCGAACGAUGUAGAGACAUGUUCGGUGACGCUUAUGACAAGUGUUACGACACGGUGACAGUUUUCGCGGCCUGGUUACUGUGCUGGCCUAUGAAGCUCACCUUCGUGUGCAAUUUGGUGCAGGCCCUCGGUGGUUCCAAUAUCUGCAAUCCCGAGGGAAAAGUAGAUUCCGGUAUUGGCGAGGGCUACGCUGCUUUAAAAAGAGCCAGAGAUACGUUCAGCAAAAGUCUCAAGGAUGCAAAACUGCAGUACAGAGUGAAGAAGAUGCCGGUGAUUCUCGAUCUUCACGAUGCCACGGACGCUGCCCAGGCUAUAAUGCAGGAGUUCAACACGCGCAAAAAGAUAUUUGAAUCAGUGAUGAUAAUUAUUAAAAGAUGCCUAUCAUUCGUUUUCUUGAGAAUCAUUCUGAGCGCUCAAAAGUAUCACGAUAAGUAUCUAACUGAGAUCGAGCACGACAAUGUGUAUGUGACUUCGUACUUCCGGAAGAUCGACGCGAGACGAAAAGCUCGUGGUAGCCUGACUCUGCUACCGCUAAAAAAGAUUGAGAGAUUAAAGUUCGUGGACCCGUACAGCCUAAAGCCGAACAAAAUCGAGCGAGUGCACCUGACCGGCCAGACAGUGCGACUGAUCCUGGAGAUGAUCAGCGUAACGACGUUCAUACUGUUGGACAGGCUCUUCUUCGAGGCGCUCGAUUUGGUCAGAAGGCACGCUCGCAUGGAGUAUACCCAGGCGGGUCAUCACGACAUGACUCUGGAAGUUCGCGGGACCGGGGUGGUCGCCUCUCUGAUACGCGGCGUUAUUCGGGAAUUCAACGUAAAGAGACGAGUGAAGACCGUAGUGUCUAACGAGGCGUGUUUACCGAGACCUAACAGAGUGCCAAAUUACGUGAUUUUCAAGAUCUACUCGACCUACGUGGGCGUUUGGGCAUUGCUGUACACGACCGCUUACACCGAACGGCUGAGACGCGUGAUCUGCUCGUUCUUUUAUAGGAAGCGCGAGAAGAGGCGCGUGCUGUACCUCUACAACGAGAGUCUCAGACGCAGACUCGGAUACGCCAGGUUUGUGCGGGCCAAGAUCAGGGCCCUGGUCAGGACUCGUCGACUGGAGUACGAUAUGGAUCCGUGGCUCGCCCUCAGGCUGCGCUGGCCGGUGCUUUGCGGCUGGCUGGCAUUCUUCGCCUGGGCGCGUCGCAAGUGUCUCGUCUGCGGCGAGGUGGAGCCGCGCGGAGGCCCGCAGUUUCGUAGGUGUACGACGCCCGGAUGUCCCUUUGUCCAUUGUCCCGAAUGUUGGGACGACGUCGGCCAAACCUGCCACGCCUGCACGGACAUUCGGGAAACGGAUGACGACACCGACGAGUACGACGUUUGACGCAAUUUUUCUUCGUCAACACUCGCUAGAGAAAUUACAAUCCUUAAACGAACAAAUAUUUUGUAAUUAUCUUAAUUUACAAUU